GUGUGUGUGUGCAUGUGCGCGUGUGUGUGUGACAGCAGCUCACACUCACUCACACGAUCAGAGAGAGAAAGAGACACUGAGCGUCUUUUAUCAGCAGCUCACAUCGAUGAGUCCAUUCGCUUUGAUGCCUGCAGAUGUAAAUGCCUCAGUGUGUCUGUGAGUGAGUGUGUGUGUGUGUGUGUUUGUGUGUUUGUGUGUGAGUGUGUGGGACAUGCCUGAGGAGGAGGAUUGGUGACACUGGACUAACAUGGACCUUCAUCACAGCAGAGCAGCUCUGGAAAUCUCCACCAGGAAUCCUCAGGACGACUUUGAGAUCCUGCUGCGAGUCGGAGGAGGAACCUACGGAGAAGUUUUCAAGGCACGGAACAAGCAGAAUGGAGAACUGGCGGCUAUCAAGCUCAUCAAGAUGGAGCCAGAGGAUGAUUUCUCUAUCAUCCAGCAGGAGAUCGUCAUCGUGAAAAGCUGCAAACAUCCCAACAUAGUGGCGUAUUAUGGCAGCUACAUACGAGCCAAUAAACUGUGGAUCUGCAUGGAGUUCUGUGGAGGAGGCUCCCUGCAGGACAUCUACCACGUGACUGGUCCUCUGUCUGAGCCUCAGAUCGCCUACAUCUGCAGGGAGAUGCUCCAGGGCCUGGAUUACCUGCAUGCACAAAAGAAAAUCCACAGAGAUAUCAAGGGUGCCAACAUCCUCCUCAACAACCAGGGCGAGGUCAAGCUGGCGGACUUUGGGAUAUCAGCUCAGAUCACAGCUACUCUCGCUCGGAGGAUGUCCUUCAUUGGGACGCCAUAUUGGAUGGCUCCAGAGGUGGCAGCGGUGGAGAUAAAGGGCGGCUACAAUGAGCUGUGUGACAUCUGGUCCGUGGGCAUCACAGCUGUGGAGCUGGCUGAGCUGCAGCCUCCUCUGUUUGACGUCCACCCGCUGCGCGUCCUGUUCCUCAUGUCUAAGAGCGGCUACCAGCCCCCUAAACUGAAGGACAAGUCCAAAUGGUCGUCCAUGUUUUAUAACUUUGUGAAGGCCAUGUUGGUUCGGAACCCGAAGAAACGACCCAGCGCCUCCAAGAUGCUCUCAAAUGCAUUUCUGACUCAGCAGGGUCUGCGGCAGGAACUGACCCUGGAUCUACUGGAGAAGUUCCAUCACCCUGAGAAACUGAAGCGCUGCCUGGUGACAGAUGACGACGAGAUGGAGGUGGCUGUUCCCGGGUCUUUGAGGAGGAUCCAGUCUAUCAACAAACACAACCAGGCAGCGAGAACCAACUCAGACAUGAGCUCUGAACAGAUUUACACUCAGAGGACUCUGAGGAAAGACUCACCAAAUGUAACGUUACGACCUUGCGUGGGAUCAACUGGCAGUAACAAGAGUCCAGUGAGGGACGAGGACACCGAGUCGGACGAUGACUACGAUGAUGUGGACGUUCCGACAAUACAGGCCAUCAGCAACAAAUCUGAUACAACUCCACCUCCACUUCCUCCGAAGCCCAAAGCACGGACGAGCUCAGAGGAAAGCAUAACGGGGGAAGACGAUCGGAUGAGGAAACCCUGCUCCCUGUACGCCCCCCCGCUCCUCAGGACCUCCAGUGGGACGCAGGUCCGACCAACACCACAACCACGCUCCUCACGGCACUCGGACCCCGAGUCCUUAUCUGUCCAGUUUAAUGACCCCCCACUAGACCUCCCUCCUGAGCUCCCUCCCAAAGGAAUACGGCGACGACAACUUUUAUCAAAGGACCGAGCUGAGUGUGUGAGCCCCGUCAUGAAGAAACCUCCUGUCUACUUUAAGAAGAUCUUCCACGGCUGCCCUCUGAAAAUAAACUGCUCCACAACCUGGGAAAACCCAGCCACCAAAGACCAGCAUCUGAUCCUGGGGGCAGAGGAAGGGAUCUACACCCUGAACCUCAACAGCUCAGAGACCACGAUGGAGCUGUUGUAUCCAGGGAAGUGUACCUGGGUCUACACCAUUAAUCACGUCCUCAUGUCCGUAUCAGGCAAAUCGCUGCAGCUUCACUCCCAUUCGCUGAAGGAGUUGUUUGAACAGGCUCGGAAGGACCAGAGGAUGGUCGCCCUGUCGACCCACAGACUGUUACCUAGGAAAUAUGCCGUGACGUGUAAAAUACCUGAUACAAAAGGCUGCAGGACGUGUUCAGUUGGCAGCCUGCAGCGAGGCUGUGUGUUCCUGUGCUGUGCUCUGGAGUCCAGUGUGGUGCUGCUGCAGUGGUACGAGCCCAUGCACAAGUUCAUGCUCAUUAAGCAUUUCGACUUCCCCCUUCCCAACCCUCUGCGGGUGUUUGAGAUGGUGGUGGCACCCCAGCAGGAGUACCCACUGAUUUGCAUCGGUGUGUCCCGGGGGUCCAGCCCCAACCUGCCAGUCAAUGUAGAAUACAUGAACCUCAACUCCAACACGUCCUGGUUCACCAACUCCGGCCUGGAGAAACCUUGCCCAGACGUUGUGCAAGUAAGCCAGCUGGACAGUAACUCACUGCUCGUCCUCCUAGAAAAGUCAGUACAUAUAGUUGAUCUGAGGGGGGAGGUGAAGGGCAGCAGGCCUCAGACACACGAGACGACCUUCUCUCGUGAUGUUGAGUCUACAGUGUACUUCGAGGACACGCUGUUGGCGGUGUGGCGUCACGGCUGGAUGAGGAGAGCACAAGGUUCCACUGAGGUGCUGGAGGAAACCACAGACCAGAAGAAGAUCUACAGAUUGGUGCAGUCGGACAGGAUGGUCAUUUUGGAGACACGUAAGACUGACGACCAGUCAGGGCUGUCCAACCUGUCCAACCUGUCCAUCCUGGAGAACGCAGAGAGCUAUGUAUUGCUGGCCUGACUCGCAUGACCGGAAAAUUUGGAAUCUCCAAAUUCCACUUGGAUACUACCACCCGGGACUCAGUCAGCAGGAGGAGAACGGACAAUGAGGCACCAACGUUAUGGUCUGUGAUCAUCUGACAUCGCGGACAGGACAAAUAUUUUAUUUUCUAAAUGACUGGACAGCCUCCUACGUAGUGUGUGAGCUGCAGAAGGACGGUUGUCUUCUGAGACUAAAGAAGAUGCUGCCACAGUUUUGUUGAGAAUGACUGGAGCUGUAGCUUGUUUUGUUAACUGGGUUUGUAUGUCAGUGCUGGAUCAAACACACACACUUCUUACUGCCGUUACACAGUAAUAAAGUUAAUUAACACAA